AGGUCGCCGCCGCCACUGCCUUCCGCAUGGACGGCCUCCUGAACUGUUUGCGCGCCGCCACGGCCUUCUUCGUGGCCGGCCUCCUGAACUGUCCCAUCCUGGCCUUCUGUGCUAUUGGCCCCCAGGCCGGCCACCUGAACUAUGUUUCGGACUCCCAGUCCCCUGUGUGUUUUGUUAACGUUUUGUUUGGGACUCUGGGGCCUCCAUUUUUUUCCUGGUCCAGUCCCUCUGUCCUGGACCCCCUACCGCCCACCCGGGUCUGGUGGUGUUUUUCUGUGGCUGUCGGGAGCCAGCCCUUGGGGGGUACUGUCAUGAUCCUGAGUCCGUGACUUGGUGAUUUUGUGUUUGGUGUAUUUAUUGUUAUUAUUUUCAUUAUUAUUUGUGGGCUGUUUUGUGAUGGUUUGUGUUUUGUGUUUUAGAUACUGGGUUUCUGCGUUUCUGCUCCCUCUGUUGGUCCCUGGUGUUAGUGUUCCCCUGUCUCGUCAGGUUAAUGAGGUCCAGCUGUGUCUUUCACCUGUGUGUGUGAUUUUUCCCAGUGUCCCUCUGUGUAUUUAUAGUGUGUGUUUGCCUCUGUUCCUCGUCGCGUCGUCUGUGUUCAUCCUCUGUGUUACCCUGCGUACUCUGCAUUUCUCCGUGAAUCCCCUGCGUGCUCUCCCUGCUGUCCUCCCUUCAUGUUCAGGUUUGCUACUCUUUGAUUUAGUUUCUCCCAGUUUAGUUCAUCCUUAGUUGUGUUUUGCCAUCAUCACUUUAUGUUCAGUAUUCUUAAUAAAUCACCCUCACAUCUGAAUAAGUGCUGCAUUUGAGUCCUCCUUCCACACAUCACACGGCUGCUGCCCCAAUUGUGACAGACAUGGUAGCUACAGAAGUUUUUACAACUCUUCAUUAUGUGUGUGUGUUCACAUGUGUAUAUGUGGCCCUAUAGUAGCUCCACUUGAGAAGCAAAACAAAAAAGUUAAGUGCUGUAGUGCUGGAGGGUUGGCAGCAGAGUUUCAUAAUUUCAUUGCGUCUGUAAUGUCAUGAAAAGUAAGCUUCACCAACCACAAAAGCUGAGUUUCCUCUUACAUUUUUGACUAGCUGCUGCGUCACACACUAACCUUGCCUCACUUCACACAGAUAAACAGAAAAAGAAAGAACGUUUACUGUAAUACUUCAUAAAGGAUAGAGAAAUAUCUUAUUUUCCAUCAUGCACACACCAAACAUCACCACAGAAGACCGGAUAUAUGGCUUCAUUAUGGUGAUAGGUCUCGCCUCUCAAAGUGGCUCACUGGAUUCGUCUUCGCUGUCACGUCUCAAAUCACCCAAUGUCGUUUUCAUGGUCAACCUGGUCAUCUCAGCCUGCUGCUCAUCCUCACUUUGCACAUGAGGGUCCCCUUUCACGCCACAGGCACUGUGUGUGUGGUCAAAUGAAUGGCAGCAGCCUCAUGGCCCUCUGCUCACUUCUAUGGCUGCAAAUAAUGUGUCAGCAUUAUGUUUUGGGCAUUAUCAGGAAAGAUCUGUGUGAGCAGAGCAAUUGGUGGAAAGUUAACAUUAGGUAUUCACAUAUUCUGACAGUUUUGUUAGUUUGUAAAACAAUAAUUGUACAGAUCUACAUAAUGCUGCUUUGUAAAUAUAGACCAUCUAGUAUCCGCUUAGUACAAAUAAGGGGAAUUUUCAACCACACAUUGGGCAUAAAGUGGUAAAUGGGUGAUUGCUGGCAGAUAAAGAGCCCGCUUCUGGCAGUCGUCCAGUACUGUGCUAUGCGUUUCCCAUGUGGCUGACUGAUAUCUUAUUUGGAAAGUUAAAUGGGCAACAUUUAGUUACUGUAAUAGCUUAUUUUUUUUUCUGUAUUGACACAUUAUCAUUUGCUAAUUCAGUGAUAAACUAUACCUUUUACUCUACGCAUAAAAAUAAGACAUGGUUAACUGGUAGAGCCCUAUGAGGUAUGUUUACUAUAUCAUACCAACCAUGUAUUUAUUUAAUUUAAAGCAAAGCGGUAACACUUUGUUCACAGGCAGAACAUUCCAUUUAUAGUAGUGUUUUUUCUGUAUUUUAACAGUUGUGGUUAGACAGGUUUUUAGUCCUGUCCUCUUUUUCUUUGGUUUUGCACUUAAAGUUUUGCAUGAAUUCUGAUAAAACUUUGUAGGUGUGUGGAGUGGGAUUAUAUUAACGCUUAAUUAAAAUUUGGCUUACAUCCACCAAGGUCUUCAAGGUCAACUUUAAUGAUUUAGUGGGUGAAGAAAGCCUUAUAACUUAAACUAUGGUUCUUACAAGUAUGGUGUGUAUGGUCAGCAAAUAGAAAGCAUUGCAUAAAGAUUUAAAAUAUCAUGUCACAUCUGAUCCCUGACGUCUCCUUCAAGGUCCAGAGACUGAUCUGAAGUGAUAGCAAUGCUACUGUAAACUGUAGUAUAAUAUUAUAGAAUCAGCUCAAGUCAUUCAUGUCCUGUUAUACACGUUACCCAUUAGCCACUGCUACAAAGUCUUUGUGUAAUCAAAGUCAAUUCAAUUCAAAUUCACAAUUCAUUAAAAAGCAACUGUAUUUGUCCCUAAGGGGCAAUUAAAAAGACAAUUAAAUAUCUGUCCUGCUACCCUUAUCUGAUUUUUGCUAUACUAUGAACCUAUUAAAGUAUUUUAAAAAGAAAAGAACAAAGAGAACAAGAUGGAUAUAUGUAGAAUACAGCACUGUUCCCUUAUAGGGUGAGCUGGAAGGAGACAAACUGUCUGUCUGUGCUGUCUGGGUACCUCGGCUUUGUCCCACAGUCCAAAGGCAUGCUUGUGAAGUUAACUGAUUAUUCUAAAUUGGCUGUAGAUGUGAAUGUGAGCAUGAAUACUUCUGUCUCACUGCAUUUGUAUUGUGAUAGACUGGUGACCUGUCCCUCCUCUCACCCACUGACAGCUGAGAUAGACUCAAGCCCAAAUUAGAAAAGAUGGAACUGGAUGGAUGGGUUUACAAGCAUACACGGGAACACUGGUGUACUGCCUGAUGGUUUUCCAUAAGACCAGAGAUCAACAACCUACGGCUCUUUCGCCCCUGAGCUAUGGCUCUUACCUGGCUUGCAGAUUUGGGUAAAAAAAAAUAUUAAAAAAGUAAAAUUAAAUAACAUUUGAAAUGUUACAGGUAUAGUCUCCCCUUUAGGAAAGUAACCUGAUGGGUAAUGUAUUCUGUGCCAGAGGCUGAAGUGGAAGACAGGCACAUGCGCGCCAGCGACUGAGUGAAGUGCAAUGAAGUUUACGGAGAUUGGGAAAAAGAAACCUAUGCUUAUAGUACUAGCUAGUGCAACCAGAGGGGCAUGUAAAGGACCCAUUUCUAAGUGAAAUGUUAGUAGGCUAUACCAGACCAGGAAGCUAUAGCAGCUACGAGAUGAACUCUGACUCACACAGGCACUUGAACGCAGAAGCUGGCAGUGUUAAAUUUACCUCAAAACCUACGUGGGCAUACCGACGUGAUCUGUGCGUAUCAGGUGAUUCGUCCACACGUAUGUAAGGUUUUGUGAGCGAGCGAGAGAGCUGUUUCGUGUAGUCUUAUACGUUUGUACGCACAAAAAGGCUUUUGAUAGUCAAAAUGAUCGGAUUCUUGAAGCUGAUCUUAAUAAAUUAAUUAUUUACUCAGGUUUGGAUGUACGCGUUUGUAAAAUAGUUUUACGUGUGGUCAGAUAUUUCUGUGUGGAUUGAAGCACGCGCGUGAGUCCUCUAAAGUUACACACGCAUCAUUGAAUACGUUUGUAAAGCUUAGUUUACGCUUUUGAGACAUAUUUCUCUCCAUAUUUCGGAGGCCUGCAUAUCUUGAGAUCCGCAUAGCAAUGCGAGCAGGUUUUCUCAAACAUAAACUACAGGAAGUCCAAACACCUUCUUGCAGCCCUGAUAUGGAAAUCAAACAAAACAAAGUGAGAACACUAUUAUUUAAUAUGCUGUCAUUUUCAAUCACAAAAUAUCUAUAAUACCUUUUGCAAAUAUCUGUAUAUGUUCGACCCUGACCUCAAGCUGUUUUAUUGUUGCCUGUUGAGAAGAGGACAGUACACUGAAAUAGACUGAAGUCAUAAUUUCAUGCAAAAAGCUUUCAUGAUUACUCUUUUUAUUUUAAAAUUAUUACUCCACUGCUACAUUUUAUUUAUUUGAAAGUGGGCUGUUUGUUAUUUGAUGAAUUUUCCAUAAGGUGUGAACUCAAAUAGACCUGUGGGUGGAGAGGCUAAAAUGUGUUUUUUUGAUGUUAAAGGUUGCCGUCCCCUACAUUAGACAUAGCCAUAUUGCGUUAACAAUUUGUUUAAAAGUCCUACAAUGUCACAUCCAAAAAGUUGGGACACUGUCCCAAAUGUCAAUAAGACAUGUAAAAUAUUUACAGUGAGAAAGUUGGAAUCUGAUUGCAGCAAUAUAUCUUAGGAGACAGAGGCACCAAAAGCUAGAAAACAGAAAUAAUGAGAGCAAUAUUUUGCAGCUUAUUGGGUUAAUAGGCAACAGAUCAGUAACAUGAGUUGGUAUAAAAGCAGCAUCUUAGAGAGGCAAUAGUUUCUGUGUAGUAAAGAGAGCCGCAUGAUAAAAGUGGCUCUGCCAUCCAAGAUCACAAUAACGUCAAAGCACAAAUGUAGAGGAAGAGCUUAUGAGAUGAGCUUGAGUUUCCUGUAGUGAGACUAGUUACAGUCACAAACUAGUCACGCCUCACUCACAAAGAAAAACCACACAAAGAGGAACCUUUGCCACUCUGCUUCAGUUCUUUAAAAAGGACAUUCAGACAUUUCUUUUCUCAUCAUGAACACAUCAAACAGCACCACAGAAGAUGACCGGGUUUAUGCUGGGAUCUUUGGCUGCAUUAUGGUGAUAGGUCUGCCACUCAACGCAGUCUCACUGUGGAUUCUUCUUCGCCGCCACAGCCUCAAAUCACCCAACGCUGUCUUCAUGGUGAACCUGGCACUCUCAGACCUGCUAGCCAUCAUCUCUUUGCCCAUGAGGAUCUACCAUCAUGCAACAGGCACCCCACUGGGAAUUUUCACAUGCCUCUUCAGCCUAAUAAUCUUUCGCAAAAACCUCCGCUCCAGCGCCUCCUUCAUCACCUUCAUAAGCGUGGACCGACUGCUGGCUGUGGUUUAUCCUCUGAGGUCUCGCCAUCUUCGGACCUCGUGCAAUGCCUGGAAAGGAGCAGCACUCGUCUGGGGGGUUUUCCUGGUGGUAAAUAUCCCAGAGGGCAUAGGAUUUGUAAAACACGUACAGAACCACACAGAACACAAUUGUUUUCAAUCUCAUUAUUAUAAAAGUAUAACACGAUCAGCAAUUAUUUACCUUCAGAUUGUGUUACUGGUCACAAUGCUAGCAGUCAACAUUGUGUGCACCGUUAUGGUUUCUUGGACUCUACACAAACAUCUCAGUGACUCUGCAAAGGUCAGAAACAAGGUGAACGUAAUGCUGAUUUUUGCCAUCAACUUGCUUAUAUUCUGCACAUGUUUUCUGCCCAUGCCACUACAUGCAGUUACAAAAAGCAAAGGAAAAAUAGCUCCACUGGCAUGUCUGACUGUUUUGAGCUGCUGUCUGGAUCCACUGAUGUAUUAUUUUUCUUUUGACUCCUUCUGGAAGCAAAAAGAGGACGUGGGAAGAGAACUAUAGAUUAGUGACCUGCUAGAGUUGCUAUCAGAUGUCCCACGAUACAUGCCUGUUUUUUUGUUUUUAACAAAGUAGCUCGUUUGUGCACAAGAUUCUUAAGUAGUUCAACCACAUGCAAAGUUUUCAGCAGUUAACCAUCAAUAUUCAUUUCUUCAGCAACAUUUGCGUGAAAGCCAGAGACUGAAACAGCAAAAGCAAAGGCUUGGGUUAGUGGCUUCAUAUUUUAUUUUCACUGCAACAUGAAAGCCUCAGCCACAGAAAGUAUGGAAAAAGGCAGCAAAUCACAUAAUUGAUUAAAUCUACUUUAUAUUUGUUCACUUCACAACCAGUGUUGCCAACUUAGCGACUUUGUCGCUAUAUUUAGCGAGUUUUCAGACCCCUUGUUGAGAGUAAAAGAGAUACGCGCUUUCACGCGCAGCACCCGCUGCUGUAGCGACUUUUUUUUUUUUAGAAAAAAAGUCGCUAC